AUGACCUUUCCUGACACACCUCUCCAAAUAGCCCUAAUCGCCGAACUAAGGUCGACCUACCACGACCAAGGUUAUUCAGAAGAAGAAUGCGCAGCUCUACCACAUAAUGGUGAAGUCAACCAGGUUCUGACUGCCUUGCAAGAAUUGGGGCACCAUGUCACGCUGGUGCCAGGAAUUAAAGCCCUUGUCAAACACCUAGCAGCUGGCACAAAUAAGGAUUGGGACCUGGUGUUUAACAUUGCACAAGGAUGUCAUGGGUUAGCCAGAGAAGCUCAGGUCCCAGCGCUGUUAGACGCUUACCAGGUUCCGUACACGUUUUCCGACGCUGCAACCAUGGCGUUGUGCCAGAACAAGGUCGCUACUAAGAUUAUCUUAGCUCACCAUAAGAUACCCACGGCCCCAUUUGCAGUGAUCUCACGGGCAGAACAGAAUCUGAGCCUUGAGGAUCUUACUCAUAUGAUACCACAUUAUCCACUCUUUCUAAAGCCGGUUACUGAAGGGUCGUCUAAGGGGAUUGACGGAUUUAACAAGGUGAUGGAACCUGCAGACUUAGAGUCGGCAGUCAAAAAGCUAAGGUCACUAUUACCCGACCAAGACAUCUUGGUCGAACCCUUUCUGUCGGGUCGGGAAUUUUCAGUGAGCAUCCUAGGAACUGGUGCUCUGGGCCGCGUAAUUGGCGUAACAGAAUUUUUCUGGAAAAAGCCUUCCGACGUCGGCACUGUGAGAAAUGGGGACUGCAACAGUCUCGAGUUUGCCAGCAGAAAAAGCAAGAGUAGCGACUCUGACAUGCUGGUAGAACGCAACGACCCUGGUCUUAUGACCGAAUCUCAGGUCAAGGCUGCCUGUCAAGUUGCAUUGGACGCCUGGAAAACUUUUGGCUGUCGCGAUGCUGGGCGUGUCGAUAUUCGACUCAGCUCCAAUAAGCCAGAUGCUGUGCCCAAUGUUCUAGAGCUGAAUCCUAUUUCCGGCCUACUUCCCGGCCAUUCCCCGUUGGCAAGGAGUGCUGAAGAAAAUGGCCAUUCAUACAAGAAUCUGUUGGCUGCAAUCAUCCAAAGCGCAUUGGCCAGAAAGACUGUCUGCAAUAGUUAG